CCGCAUUUGACUUGUCCUGGCGCGUUCGAACAUCGCCCGUGGUGGAUGUGAGAGAUUUGAACAUGUUGGCUCGCUUGUUGAUGCUGAUGCUCGCUUCCAUGCUCCCGAAAGCCUCCCAAUGCCAGAACGCCACCAGGGUCUUCCUGCUCAUCGAAGGGGAAGAUUACACCAUCAACUUUGCCGCCGCGCCCGCCGCCUGCCAAUCGUAUCACGCCACAGUGGCGACCACUGCCAAUGUGGAGGAGGCGCUGCAACAUGGCCUAGAAACCUGCAAGUAUGGCUGGGUAGCAGAGCAGGUGGCUGUCAUCCCGCGACUUACGGCGCACAGCAAAUGCGGCAGCAACAAAACGGGACUGGUGAAGUGGUACGCCAGGGCGGACCAGGUUUUUGGCGUCUUCUGCUAUUCUGCGACAGAGUUGGUACAUUUUUCCCCAUGCUGGUCGCCGUCACCUUAUUGUGGUUUUGGUCAACAUCGACAGCUCUCCCGCAAUUGUCCUCCUGGCCUACUACGUCAUCCUCUGCCUCGUCCACAACAACACCCGACCCGCCUCCGCUCCCGUCCUCAACACCCGCACCCACCUCCGCGUUCACCAAAACCACAAAGGCCCCCCCGACCUGGACGCCGACCCCGGCUGCUAUCACCACUUCCUCUCCACCUCUUCCUCACCGUGCGUCUUCCUCCACGGGCGAUCCUCUUCCUUCUCGUGCCGUCACCUCAUCACCCGCACCCGCCGCGUCCUCCUCAUCCUCAUCCCCGUCCUCUUCGUCCACUUCGGCGUCAGGUUCUGCUUCCACUCAGCAGACCCCGAGGCCCACCGAUGCCUCCAUGCAAGUUUGGAGGGCCCUUAUCAUCCUAAAACUUGGUGUUGGGUUCGUGAUUGCGACGGCAGCGGGAGUUUUGUGUACCUAUUACAAACUUAAAAAAGGGCCCUUUAGCUCCUGGGCCAAGCACGUGGACGACGUGGAGGUCGAGAUGUGCAAGCCCACCUACAGCCGGACGGACCUCCAUCAUCCGCUGGGAGAUGACGACUGGGACUUAGAAGCGCAAGAAGAGGACGCAAGAGACAGAAAGUACUCGAGUGAGAUCUUUCUGCGCGUCAACCCGCACUUGAGGAGUAGCAACAAAAUGUCGUGAGGCUUCCUGUGUCAAUUGUAUGGAGGUCUUGGGGGGCGGGGCUACAACGAGACAACUACACAAGUGUAUAUUUGUUUCAUUGCCGCUUCCUUCCUCGUAAUAACUCGGUCCAGUUCUGACACUACACCAUGCACUUAACAAUUAAACUCUGUCCACAACUCAAAAAACAUGCCACUUCCCUGAAUUGUGUUGUUUUUUUGUGUUAACUGUGGUGUGUCAAAUUAGCAAGAUGUUUUUUUUGGCUAGUUUACUGUUUUGAUUAGUUUUUUUUAUGAUUAUUUGAGGUGUAUCAUCAACAAUAAUGACAAAAUACUGUUGUUUUUUUCCUUUCGGAAUAUUACUCAACAAUUUUGGACUAACAGAGGACAGGAAAAAAUUGGUUCAUCUUAAAAUCAGUUAUGUUCCACAUUUUGAAUUGUGCCAUAUUACAUCCUGUAUGAGAUGACUUACAAUUUUAUGCAUUUAUAUCAGUUUCAGACAUUGUUAAUAUUUUGUUACUGGGUAAAUAUAUUCAUUGUGGUAUGUGUAGAAAGCUGUAAGCCUUUCUUUUUAUAUGUUCUUCUAAUUCCUUUAAAAAAAUAGAUUAAGUAUUUAUGCAAGAACAUACUACAUUGAUAUGCACAUUGUUAUGGUGGGUUUUUUUUUAAGAAAAAGGAAAUAUAAUUAAACAGAGAAAAGACA